AUGGAAACACGUAAUGGAGACGGCGAAUCGUCCUGCUCGGAGAAAAAACUCAUCCGACUAUUUGGGUUCGAGAUCGAUCCAUGUCAAACUAAUGAUCAAGGAGGGUUUGUAGAAGGGCAUGAGAGUGUGAAUUUUGAGGCACAACAAAACAAGAAGAAAUUGGAAUGCCAAUAUUGUUCAAAGGUGUUUGAAAAUUCACAAGCAUUUGGGGGUCAUCAAAAUGCCCAUAAAAAGGAAAGAUUGAGAAAAAAGAAGUUGCAGCUUCAACCAAGAAAGUUUUUUAUGCAGCCUGAUCCAAUCAACUUGUACUAUGAGCAUUCUUCUACUACUGCUGGUGGUGGUGGUGGUGGUGGUGCAUGGUCCACUGCAUUUUUGAAUGAUCAGUCUCAAAUCACAUGUGAUCAAGAUGCAGAUCAGGUCAAUGGUCAAGAAGUUUAUGCGGCGUCACAUGCACCAUUUCAACAAGAUACGGAGUAUAGGAGAGAAUAA